CCAAGGGAAUUUGUUGUUUAGUUUUGGCAGUCGUUCCUUCCGAGUAUAGUUGAUGGUUUGAAUGCCAGUCGUUCCUUCUUAUGGCGGUCGUUCCUUCCCAAGACAGUCUUUGCCCUGUACAGCAGUGGUUCUUUCCUCGGUCAGAUGUUCCUGCUCAAGUCGGUCCUUUCUCGAGUAGUUGUUCUUCUGCCAACAUCAUCAACACGUCAACAACAGCAACAGCAACAGCAACAGCAUGGCAAUGGCAAUGGCAAUGGCAAUCACUUCAGAAUCGCUGACAAUAGUAGGACGGGGCCUAUAACCUGUUCAACUUCCUCUGUGUCUGAAAACUUAUCAAUAUAUGAGUUGAAAAUAAGUUUAUUCCAUCAACUAUCACACCAAAGAAUAGUCUCCAUUCACAUUCAACAGUCCAUACACUCUUUUUUCCUUGCUUUGUCCUCAUGCUUUCACCCUGCAUAUUCUCUCUAUGUCUUAUUUUGUCCUCAUAUGCUUUUCACCGGAGAAGGAAGUCUCUGUCUCUGCUCUUGAUCUCCAUCUCUUGUCCUAGAGAGACAGUGACCAAAGCAAGAUGUUGACUUGAGCACUUGUCGCAUUAUCUAAGAUAGCUGUCUUGUCAAUAAGCGUCUGGAUUCCGCGACACUCUGCGGCAUGACCGUCUGUCGCCUGAGGCAGUCGAUGUUUUACAAAGGGCUUUGCCCACCUACAUUUGUUCUUGACUUUCUGUUCUGUCCCACAACUGUCUCUAUUUUACAGCCAUGCUCAAUGUUUUACAAAUUCACUAGGUUUACUACCUACUAACACUAGAGUACCUACUACAACUAGAGUAGCCUGGCCCACCGUUGUCGUCGUGCCUCGAUACUUUUAUCAAAACAAGUGAAAUCUUCCCCGUCUUGAACAACUGAGAUCAACAUGUCGACCUUCAACUGGAACGAGAACCUCAACAACAAAGGAAAAGGCAUCGAUCUGCCUGCUACAUUUAAGUGCCGUAUUUGUAGCAAGGUGAAGCCAGCUACAAAUGACCAUUUUUCCAAGAAAGAGCUGAAGGUAUACACUUCGAGGAUUGCAAUGAGGAGGUCUGUUACUGGCUUCAGUGCCAACUUACGUUGCCGGCAUUGUUCUGGGGAGAACGUUUUCGAGCUUCUCUGCCAGUAUUGCCACGUUACGAAGGCCAAAGAUGACUUCUCCUACAACCAGCGCACCGCCGCACUGUCCGCUCGCUGCAAGGCCUGUGUGAAUUGGCAGGAAACCAACGAGCCUGGCACGGAAACCCUCCCUGGCCCCAGCAUGGCGCUCCACCCCGACACUACCCUCGCUGCUGCUUCAAACAGCUCGAACCCAGGCAAUGCACUGUCUGUGUUGGUGACUUCCACGGCCCAGGCCGCUGAUGACGGCGAUGAGAGCUCCUCUGUCUGGCGCACGACGCUUGCCAGCAACAAUACAGUAGCCAACCUCACCAACGUCUCUGCUAGGCGCACCACCACAAGGCCUUCAGUGGUCGAGAUUGACCUUCCUUCUGCCCCUGAAGGUUUUAUGGCGCCCACCAGGAUGACGUACCGCGGCGACGAUGUGCCCUCUGAGUCCACGACAAGCAACCACUACGGCCGCCCCAGCACUCCUGUCUCCGCUGCUACUAAUAUUUUUGCCCUAUUUGAUCCAUUUGCCCGUCGUGGCAGCAAGGCCGGCAAGCAUAAUGCCGGUGGUUCUGGGGAUGCUGUCUCAACUUCUACUGAUUCCGAUUCUGUCGCCGAUGGUCCUCCUGGCGAUAUGAGAACGACGCCCACGCAGAAAACGCCCACGAAAAAAAUGCCCACGGGCUGUGAUGCUCCCAAUCCGUUUACCACCCCCUCGCCUGCCAAUGACAAUGGAUGGAUGGCUGUGCCCACUAAGAACAGAAAGGCAGGCACGACUUUCACGGGAUAUGAUAACACUGGAACUGCGCACCUCCAGACUGUCGUUGCGCCGAGCACUGCCAGCUCUACUCAGGCGACCACAGCAGCGUCUGUGACGACACCGACUGCAUUCCAGGAGAAUGUUGCAUCCAGAAGGUAUGGAAGGCCCGGUCAUUCUACGCCACGUGGGAAUACUGGUGGCACAUGGUUCAAGCCGCAGAAGGCGCCCAAGGGCGAUACUGCGGAUUACGGAUUCGAGAAAUACGGCCCGGCAGAUUUGGCAGCACAUGUCCCUCCCACGAAGAGACCCCAGAACGAUGGUUGGGACAGCUCGGAUGAGAUGUAGAAGCUUUGGUGCUACUGCUUCUCUACCCGCACACACCACUUCCACGAACACCUUCGCGUCACAUUUAGCUGCUCUCUAGGAGUCGAUGGAGUCUGAAUGUCCUAUCUGUCUACUCUCGUUUACUCAUCCUUGCUAGCAUUAGAAGUAUUAGGUAGUACAGUUCUCCUUUUCCAGCUCUUAUCAGGGGGUUUUGUUUAUGAGGUAUAGGAGAAUUGCUCGUACUAUCUAUCGUUAUCCUCUUUGCCCAUUCCUCUAUGAAGAAGAGCAUAACAGUAACAAAAGUUGGAAAAAGAAACAUUAACAACAGCUAUAUAGCCACCUGCCUCCUAUGCUACCCUAUAGCAUCAAAAAAGGGGGGGAAGGGGCUUAUGAUAGACUAAAAGACA